AUGUACGAAAUUAAUCGCCUGCCCUUAGACUUUAGAUCUGCUAUCAUUGGCCACAUCCCAGCAUACAAGACACGUCUAGAGAGCUGGUUGACUCGGGCCGGUUUCCAAGGCAACUCGUGGAAGCCUUGCUACAAAUCUGCUAGAGAUGGCUGGAGCAACAGUAUCUUUCAUCAGAAGUGCGAUGGACUGGGGGCCACUGUGACUAUUGCAAGAGUCAAUAACACUGUAUUUGGAGGAUUUGCUGAUCAGAGUUGGGGAAGUAGCUCUAUUUUACUUUCCAAUGGUAUGUUGAAAUAAACGUAAGCGUUCAAACCCACCUUAGAGCCUGUUUUCAUGAAAGUGGGGGACCCCAGGUAGGUGAGGUAACCUGCCUGUCCAUAUAAACUCUCAUUUUAAUUUGAUCAUGUUCACAUGACGGGUGGGCUCCUGGUGGGAUAACCAGCCGCAUGUCAACUCACCUACCUGGGGUCCCCCACCUCCAUGUAAACAGGCCCUAAGAUACUAAAGAGCAUAACAUUACUUUCCUCACCCAUGGUAAGCACAGAACAUUUUACUCUUCCUACCCAAGGGCAAAAAAAAACCUCCCCUGAGGGUAGUAUGAAAGUAAAGGCAACUCUAUCAGUCCCUUAAUGCCAAACCAUUCGAUUCAAUUGCAGCCAUCACGACUGCUGAAGCCGGAAUUUGACUAGGAAUUUCACUUUCACUUUCACUUUCGUUUCCCCGUCUGUGUUUGUUUACUUUCACAAAACUAGGCACUUUAUGCUCUACAUUCUGUUAAAGAAAUGAAUUCCACCAUUCAGGAAAUACUCAGUGAAGGUACUAGGUGAAGGGGCGGUGGUCAAGAAACUUUAAAAUAACUUUCAAACACAACUACAGUCAAACACCGCUUAACGGGCACUCGCUUAAUACGGAUACCUCAUUAUAACGGACAGUUUGCUUUGUCCCUAGGGAAAGAAAGCCCUUACAUUUUCUCUAAAAUUAACCCGCUUAAGACGGACACUCCGUUAAUACAAACACUUUCUAUGCUCCCCUCAUCAGAGUUCUUAUUAACGGUGUUUGGCUGUACUACCACGCUUAGAUCUCCAAAAAGGGCUUUAAGAUUGGUCUCUUUUCUUUUCAAUUUACGUAGUAGGAAUCUGCGUUUAAAGUUCAAUAGGCUCUCUCCACACGUAUCCGGAUAUUUUUUUCUCCGUUCUUCAAGAACCUCCGUUUUCGUCCCUUCAUACAAAAACGAUGAGCCACCGAUUUCAAAAAUCUCCACUGGGGAUCGUUUUCGCAAAGGACGGAAGGCUAAAAUGGAGUAAAAGUCGCCGUUUACAAAUAAAUAUCUGCAUACGUAUCGACACUGCGUUAGACUAAUUAGAGUACGCUUACUAAAAUAUCGUUUGAUUUUCAGGUUCUCAGGAGAUAUUUCAAGCCAGUACAAAAUCGUUCUUGUUUCGUUUCCAGAGGACUUUGAACAGAACUUUUGAUGAGGCAGUUUUUGGUAUAGAAGAUGUUUUCAAAUGGAUUGAGUGGAAUAGAAAUGAAGGACCUAUUUUUGGACGUAAUGAACUCGUAUUUUCACUGGAUACUCGUCAGGCUUUAAUGGAGAAAUUAAUUUCCUAUGCUGAAAAUAUGACCCAUAAUGAGACCCUAUUGUUUGGAGAGUACAGCACGUACUUGCAUGAUAUAGAAGUCUUGGCUAUUGGAGGUAAGUCUUAACUUGCUAAGGACGACAGUACGACAAUGAUCAGACUCGAAGAGGCGUACCGUUUAUUGUAAGAUAAAUUUUGGAAACUAACCGUGUAAAGAAUAGACCUUAUUCGCGAUACUCGCCAUCUUUGCACGCGCUCAAGGACUAAUGACUGAUGGGAUAAAAAGCAAUGUCACGUGGUUUCUCAGGGUGCAAGCAACUGAUAAAAUCUGCCAGUGCAAGAAAUCGCGGUCGAGUUUGUUUAUUCUACACAACAUAACAUGAAGAACGUGUUACGUUAAGGACGAUAAUGGCAAAUUAUGAGUGGAAGUGUUAAUUGUUUCUUUUCUGGAUGCAAUUACGACCGCAGAUGUGGUCACAGCAAGCAUAAUGACGUAAAAUUGGUCGAAACUUGAAGUGUACAUUUGCAAGACUAAAGUCGUCGUCUCGAUUUCAGAGAAUUAGCAAACUAUAUAGAAGACAAAAAUGACAUUGCUUUUAUCCCUUCAUUCUCAAGACGCGCGCGUGCAAAGAUGGCGAGUAUCGUGAAUAAGGUCUAUUUUAGGAUUAAGUCCGCAUUAGUAGGCCUCGUGAACAAACCAAGGACAACAAGCUACGACUUAUAGUCAAGAAUCUACACAAAAAGUUUCAAGAGGAUUUGGUAAAUUUCCCUCUUAGCACAGGCCUUUUUUCUCUGCAGGCGGCACUUUUCCUCCAGCCUGCCGAAUACCAAGGAAAAGAGGCCUCUGUUAGCAGGGAAUUAGUAAAUAGAAAAUGCUUUGUUUAUGGCAGGAAGCGGACUUGACUUCUCUAGCUAGGUUACAAGCACCUCGCUUAACUGAUUUGCAACAAGUUUAGCGCAACAGGAUUACAACUCCAAACCUCUACAAACUGGCAGGGGCCGGUUGGUUAUGUCAGGCAUAACCAAGAAGCUGAAUUCGGGACGACCGAGAAAGAAAUUAAAUCCAGCUAGUAGUCUGUCAGGGCUCCAACUCAGGAUCAUUCUCCAGUUGAACGUGAGCCUGAAGUGCUAGCUGUCCACUGGGUCAGUCUACUGCCAAAUUUCACUGGCGUCAUUGGCAAACAAUACCUGUUAUACCAGUAAGAUAUGGGAGAUUCAGCCCGGCGUUAAGAACGGGACUGAGUUCAUAGUUGAGAGCUAGUUCAUCACUGUGGGGCAGUGGGAAGGGUGAGAAAAGAAGAGUAUGAAACACUGACAGGGCACGCUGUUGGGACGAGAAACCGACCUUGACCUUGAUAAGAAACUUACAAUGCACAGACACGUAGGAUGGUUACGUGCUUUUCGCCCCAUCUCCCAUAAUCAGGCACCUUUGCUUGUCACUCGCCCCUCCCCCACCUUUGCCCCAAAGCUUUGUCUUUUAUUUCACUUGGAACGACUGUUGUACCUGGGAGAAAUUGAAAACAAAAGUUAUUCAGAUUUUGGGGGGCAAAGAAGGUGUUAGGUAUGGACAAUGUGCAUGCGGCGUGCUAGUGUUACGCAAUAGAGUUUAAGGCUAUUCAGUUUUUGUGGAGUCCCCAGGGAGAAUAGGUUCCAAAUUCUCAUUAGUUUUAAUGAUGUGUAAACUCAAUUUUACCAGAGCCAGUUUGUUCAAGUCCCUGUCCUCUUUACCAGUAUUGUGACGAACUUGAAGGAAAGUGUGUUUGGGAUUUCAGUUUCUUAGAUGCACGUUUCUGUGACCCAGGUGAGUGCUUUUAGAGAUAUCUUCACUUGUCAAAACCUUUAAAGAUUUUGACUUGAAAAUCCAAUGUUUAUAUAUCUAGCGUAGAGAAAGUAAAGCUCUGCCCAUAAGUGAUAGUAGAGUUUUAGCGCUCGUCAACAAAGGGCGUCGGUUCCCAGAAGCUGCAGUCCUUUUGUUUCGCUUAAACAAAAGAUCUAGUGGCAACGAGGUUGGAAGCAGUAAAGAAAUACACGCAACGCUUGAGACAGAACUUAAAAAAACACUACUACGCAUAUUUGUAUUUUACCACGACAAUAAUAGUAUCUGCGUCAAAUAAAUAUUGCAUGAAGAGAACUUUCAAAUUUUCAGUGACUCAUUUGAAAAUAAGCUUUUUAAGGGAGUUAUUGUGAAAAAAAAGUAUUAGACGUUAUGGUCACGAACGUACGAAAAUGAAUGAAAAACUCUUUUAUCUUUGCACCGGCAAUUUAAACGUUAUUUGGUUUUCUGCAAAUUACGGCUACUGAAAUGAUUCUUACAGAGGAGAAGUGCCUACAAGACUGAAUGAAUGAACUCCUUAUAAUGGAAAGCCUUAGUAUUAUGAGGGGAAAAGGUACAUGGGUAAAAGAUCAUUUUCAAUCACGAGGUCAGGAGCUAUUCAAAUCCCUUCUAACAAAAAAAAGACUUGCCACGAGAAAGAGUUAAAUCCUUAUAAGAUUAUUUUGCUAGGCCAGCUUGACCGCCGUUUCAUUGUUUCGGGACACCGUGAUCUAUCUACUAUUCUUCUAUCACUCGUCAGGUAAUCCAACUUCUUACUGGCCGCUGGACAACGACACCAACAUGCUAAACCUUAAUGGGGACCACUGGGGAACAUUUGACGGCACUGUUCAUAGUGUUCAAGGAGCUAGACUGGGAGCUAUUUACGCGGCAACGGAUGGAGUUAUAAACCUAGACGAAAUCACAGAUACUUGCUUCACUCAUCCUUUAUCUUGUGACAGCGGUUUUACAGUAUCGCUUUGGUUAAAACAUUGGACAAACUACCGUAACAAAGUAACUGUCAGACAAGAUUUCAUCACUAUUGGCGACAUUGUCGACCGUGUCGACGUCUUCAUCUUCAACUUGUUUCAGCAGGAAGGAAGAGGCGACGAACAUCUUGCUGUAAGAGUUUCAGCUUCGUCAAGAAAGUGCAUUAACGUUUUUCCCGCUCCGAGGUCUUUGUGGUCCCACUUUGUAUUCGUGUGGCGUACAACGCACCUUGAAAUCUUCAGAAAUGGUCGAAGAAUAAGAGAAUUAACUGUCAAUAAUUGUACAGAACAACUUCAACUUCCGUCGCAUCGUGCAGUUGUAACUUUGAAAGGUGAAGCAUUUUUUGAUGACUUGAAGAUUUUGGACAGAAAACUUGGCCCACAUGAGAUUGAAGAAAUGUACAGUUGUGUAAGAGGU